AUGAGGAUGACAGCCAGUAGAGGUGACUUCGUAUUUUCUGCUGAUCGUUUGAUCAGACUGGUAGUUGAAGAGGGAUUAAAUCGACUACCAUACACAGAAUGCACAGUGACCACUCCAACAGGGUACAAAUAUGAAGGAGUGAAAUUUGAAAAGGGAAACUGUGGGGUCAGCAUAAUGAGAAGUGGGGAGGCCAUGGAACAGGGCUUGCGCGAUUGCUGCCGAUCUAUACGAAUAGGGAAGAUCCUGAUCCAGAGUGACGAGGAGACCCAGAGAGCCAAAGUAUACUAUGCAAAAUUUCCACCAGACAUCUACAGAAGAAAAGUCCUUCUCAUGUACCCCAUUCUGAGCACUGGCAACACUGUGAUCGAGGCCGUAAAGGUUCUCAUAGAACACGGGGUUCAGCCCAACGUUAUAAUCCUGCUGAGUCUAUUCUCUACCCCCCAUGGUGCCAAAUCAAUAAUCCAGGAAUUUCCAGAUAUCACAAUUUUGACAACAGAGGUUCAUCCAGUCGCACCUACACAUUUUGGGCAGAAGUAUUUUGGAACAGACUGAAGUACUUAACCCAUUUGUGUUUUGUUACUGUAAAAUAUUAUACCAUUUUUCUACAUUUUAUAAUUUGAAGUGGAGGUAUCUAUGGGAAUAUUUAACAUCUUCGGGGGUUUUUUUUUUGUCCAAAGGUGGAAAUAGUUGACCUGCACUAGUUUUUUAUUUAAAUGGAUAGAUACUUGAUCUUAAGUCUAGUUUUCAUUUCAAUAAUGAUGGGGCAAUCAAUCAGACCACAGACAUCUAAUGUUGGGUUAUUCAAAUUGCUGCCCUCUAUUUUAUUUAUUCUUUGUAGCCAAUUUGGCUGAUUGCAACGGUAAAAUAAACUAACUGUGAAGGCACCGUUGUCUGUAUCUUUCAUUAUUUUUAUACUGCAACUGGACCUCUUCCUGGAACAGAUGGAUUUUUCACUAGAAACUGUUGAACCAUUUGUGCCAGUCUUUGGAUAUAACUUUAUCCAAGUUAUCUAAAGUUAUCCAAAAACUUUAGUUUUUGUAGAUUGCAUCCUUAAGCUGUAUAGGAGUUAUGUAACUAAUAAAGAUGUGUAAACAAAAUGCAGGCACAAUUCAAAAGAGGGUGUGUGCAAAACAUUACACUGCUCACACUUGCUCUCAAAUAUAUGCACUAAUGGAAAAGGCAAUGCAUGCCCAUCCGAUCUGGGUUGCAGAAUUCUGAAUAGCCAUCCCAAGGUAGCAAAGGGAUACAGAAAAUGCUUUGCUUUUGCUGCCAUCUGGUGGUUGCUCAGAUUUUUAUACCACAGGUCAACUAGUUUUCUUUUGAUAGUAAAUCUUAUUGAAUUUUAAAUUCAGUAUAAUUAAUAAUAAAAAUGAGAACAAUUAAAGACAAAACUAAUGUUUCAUUUCACUACAGGUGACUUGUACACAAUUUUAAAGCAAAGCAUUUCAGAAAGAUCAUUGCUGUAGAUCAGCCAUUAUAGGUCAGUGUCCGGACAAUAUUUUUAGCUUGGCUAAAGUAAUUGAUUAAUUGCCUCCUGGUUGCUAAUCAGCUGGUACCCUACACCAAAAUCAUUUACAUUAAAAAAAAUCCAGUAUUGUUCUAGUUCUGUUAACCUUCAUUCUUCUGUUCAUUAUCAGACCUAAGGAUAUUUAUUUCCAUUUCUUUAAGAGCGCACUUUACUUCUUUUUAAAAUAUGUUUUAGUUGUAUGGGACAUGACUGCUAAACCCUCAAGCUUGGAGAUGGUUGGGCAAGAUGUCCCCUGAUUGGAAACUCAGUCUGUGACUAACAGACCCUGAGUAAAAAUAAGCCAAAUCAUAAUGGCAGAUUACAUCAUGCAAAACAAGAGAAAUAUAGUAACCCAGUCUAGACUCCUGAUACUUGAAUUUAAAAAAUGCAGCAUUACACAAUACAUUUUGACAUAUUUAAAUAUUCAAAUGUAAUUCUACAAAACAUUUUUAUUGUAAAAUAUUUCCAUGCUUUAAACUGCUACAUGAUCACGAACAUACAUUUUUCAGUUAAUGAACCUGAGAGAAUGUAACCAUUAAAACAUUCAGCAGACCCAACAUGAACAGCAGGGUAUGAUACAACCAAGAGAUUCUGAGGAUCCUUAGGAAUGAUUAUGCUCCACUCUACUGUACUUAAGCAAUCCAUUCGGUAUGUUUCUGAUUAAUAAAAUCAAAUGGGGAAAUCCACUCCUUGAUAUAUCAUCAAUGAAACAAUUGUAUCUUAAUUAUACAAUACCAAAGAAAAAGCCGGGAAGGAAUUACUCUAGAUAGCGAACAAAAUAUUUAAAAAUAUAGACUAAAGGGCUGUGCAAUUUGCUGCCACCCCCGAGAUCAAUAAUCAGUAAUAUCCAAACUAAAGGUUAGUGCAAUUUUACAACAUCUCUUAAUGAUUAAAACAAAAAGACUUGGCAAAAGUAUUUUGCAAAAGUGCAAUCAAAUCAGUAGCUGCUGGUGGCUCAUGCAAAGUUUGACCAGAUUAAUCCACCCUUUACUUAUCUACAUGUAGUCUUUCACUGAACAAUCUUUCCUCCCUGCCAUAGGAAGUAACUAUUAUUUAAGCCGCUCUUAAAAGCUCAGAGAAAGAAUUGAAAUCUAAUUACAAUAUAUUAAGUGGGAAGUAUUUUUGAGAAAUAACUGGUAGCUUCAAGUGAAUCCUCUGCCUCAAAUGUUUGAUUUUCUUUUUAAACCAACAAGAGACUCAUCUACAACUCUGCUAUAAAAAACACAAUCAACUCUAAACUUUCUACAAAGGUAAAAUCAGCUCUCUUCCUCCAUCAGCCAUGACCAACCCAGCCAUAUUCUUUCUCUUAAUAUAUUAAUGCAUUUAUCAGUGUUCUCAUGGAAGUCCUGAUAUACUUGUUUUAUUGGGGUAGGAAGCAAGCAGUGCGACUGGCAAACCUCUUUUGCUCAUACUGGAGUAUUAUUACAAGGCAGGCAUUUAAAAAAAAAAUGAGCUAAAGCAGCUUUGGUGGUACUCUCAGUCUUGUUUUGUGUACCUUAAGUGUUGAUGUGUCAUGGACAGAUGGGGGAGUGCAGCUAUAUUAGAUUUCCCCAAAGUUGAGAAGGGGGUAGAUAGGAGACUGCAGUGUUUCUUAACCUUGACUGCUGGAAGAAAGCUGGCUGGGGAAUUCUGGGAGUUGAAGUCCAGUCAUCUUCCAGCUGCCAAGGUUAGGAAACACUGAGAUGUCCCUACCUCUCUAACAUAUUUUCCCCACCCAGGUGAGGAGAAAGGAAUGAUAUGUAUGCCACAUUCAAUUUGUCACUACAGACACGCCAUGGUCCCGUCUUGUUACAAGUAGAGUAAGUUGUGCUUUCAAUUGUGCACCACACCUUACAUGAGAAACAGUUAUGUUGGGGCCAAAUAAACAUUUCUUACAUCGUGCUAGAUGACUCUUUCACUAUACCGGCAUGCAACAACGAUAUUAUUCAACAAUUCUGAUGAUCUCCAAAAUUUAAGCUAUAUACAGAAGGCCAAUUUUUUAAACACAGAUUUCCUACCUAGCUACAUUUGUCUUGCUGUCCUUAGCAGACAUCAAUGUGAUGCUUUCAAUUUUGUGGUGAGAAUGGGAUGCAUACUGUUUGCAAAGGUCCUCAAGUUGGUUUCCGAGGACCACUCUCCAUUGUUCCAUGUUCUCAGAAGGACAUUUUAUGCCCAGGAAUAUGUAGCCAAUGUGGAACCGUGGAAGCCUUUGAGGUUUCUGAAACAGGGACAUUCUAGCAUGGAAAAGUUCCACAUACAUCAACGCCAACCAGUUCCAUGAAUAAUGCUGGACAAAGUGCAAAUUUUAUAAUUCCAGUAUACAGAUGUUUCUUUGUUCCGCAACGUAAGGCAAGAUUUGCCACAAAUGAGUCCCGUUACUGGGAAGAAGAUACUUCUCACAACCAAUUCACAAUCUUAAAUUACGUUUAGAUUGAUGAAAGUGUGUGGCAUCUUGCACAUCUGUGACUGUUUUAAAAAUGGCUUAAAUAAUGUAUGAAAAUUAUACCUAGUUGAUUGCAACCAUAAAACUAAUAAUAGGAAUCCAGAAACAAACAUUACAAUAUUGGAUGAUCAUAAUUUAAAUGCUAUAGAAAAGUGUUUUUCAAUCUUAGCCACUUUAAGGUAGGUGGAUUUCAACUCCCAGAAUUCUGGGGAUUGAAGUCCCACCCAGUUUAAAGUGGGCAAGGUUGAAAAACACUGUUCUAUAGAAUACCAUCAAAUUCCUUAAGUAGCCAUUUAAGGUCUUUAAUUUCUUCCCGAAUAAGAAUAUGCUUGCAAAUUAG